UGUUGGACAACUAUAAUAGCAGCAUCUAGAGCAGGAAUCAGAGAUUGGUCCUAGAAAUCGGAUGACCUAUUGACCUGCACUUAGAAUACCGAUGAAGCUGGGUGUGUGUGCAGUGCUUCUGCUGCUGAUCAGCUCUCUGCCAAAGGUCGACUGCAGUCUGCCAGACUUCACUCCUGCAACAGCACAACUACAGGAGAAGAUUUCUGUAAACUCUGAGUUAAACGUAGUCAGAUCUUUAAAGAAGAACGACUUCUUACGACUUCCUGGAAUCUGCAAACGCCUGAAGAGACGCAGAAUCACCAUCCUGUGUAAUAUGGAUAAGUUCUGCCGGGGACACACCUGGUGGAGGAACCAGAAACUCCCACCUGGCCAGAUGUGUCGGUGCCCUCGGGGUUCCAGAUGUUCACAUUUUUUUCUUCACAGUCUCUAAACGAAGAAUGACAAUCAGACACUUAAUUUGCUUUAAUAUUGGUAAAUGUUUUCAUAGAAGUUAAUUUAAAAAAGUGUUUUAAUGCUAAUGCACAUUAAAUUGAUUGUUAUUUCUGA